AUGGCUGUGCAGCUUGCUGACUUCUUUGCUCGGGUGUCUGAGCCUUUGGGCCUCAACAAGCCCUACAUGCGCAACGCUGUCGCCCACGUCAACUUGUCCGACGAGGAGAUGCGUGACAUCCCGAACCCUUGGAACGAGAUGCAGAUACAUGUUAGCUUCAAGUGCGCAGAAGCUCUCGCAUUCCUGGGCUUGGGCGCCGGGGCUUUUCUCUUCAGGCGGUCGCCCACGCCGAUCCGUCGGGCUGGACAAUGUGCCUUUCUCGGUGGCCUCCUCGGCGCGGGGCCCGUGGGGUAUUUGAUGUGGAACGGCAAAGCUCGAAGCUUGAAUCACGAGGACAUCUACGACCGCGCGUAUCGGUGCCGGUACAACAGGAACCAGCUGCGCAUUGACGGUGUCUUCGAGGGGAGCGCUUACCUUGGCCUCAUCGGAGGCUUGCUCUCGACGCGCAGCGUCAUGGGAAUGAUCGCAGAUGCCGGCUUGGUGUCCACGGCUGGUUUGGUUGGCGCCGUUGCUUGGACGGUUCAGCGACAGAUGGAGGAAUAUGCUUUGCGGUACCAGGACCAAGUGCGAGGCUUGCAGCAAGAAGUGGAAAUCUACCUGUUCAGCCUCCAGGAAAUCUACCUGUUCAGCCUCAAGGAAAUCUACCUGUUCAGCCGCACGGAAAUCUACCUGUUCAGCCUCCAGGAAAUCUACCUGUUCAGCCUCCAGGAAAUCUACCUGUUCAGCCGCAAGGAAAUCUACCUGUUCAGCCUCCAGGAAAUCUACCUGUUCAGCCUCCAGGAAAUCUACCUGUUCAGCCGCAAGGAAAUCUACCUGUUCAGCCUCCAGGAAAUCUACCUGUUCAGCCGCACGGAAAUCUACCUGUUCAGCCUCCAGGAAAUCUACCUGUUCAGCCUCCAGGAAAUCUACCCGUUCAGCCCCCAGGAAAUCUAUGCGCACAGGGUCCAGGUGAUCUACUUCAAGGUUCUAGCGUUCCGGUACCACCAGUCCUACCACCAAGGAACAAAGAGCGACGACUGGGGCAUCCACGGCGUCACAAUGGCAAUGAUCAAACAGCUAGGGACGGACAAGGGUGAGGACAAAUCUCCAGAAACAGUGAAGCCAGGAGUUACAGCACUCCCCACGUUGCCACCGGUGCGGGCAGAAACCAGCUCGAUUGACAUCGCAGAUUGGAUCGAGAUGCUCGGCGCCCCGAUGGCGGAUCUCUCUGAUGGGUCAGCUACUUGGUGGAAACUGGUGCGGGAAAAGGCCACAAUGUCCUAUGCCGAGUGGUCCAAUGCGGGGCCAAUGGAGAAGCUCUCGAUCGCUCCAAAAGGGACGAGUCUCUUGAGGAUGGCCGUUGGGGACCGAAAUGGUGGCAAGGAGACUGACGGGAUCCUGAAUAGUCUUCAGAGCCCACCUGAGGAGUCGGAGCCCCAAAGGGCAGUGGAGUCACUUCGGGCUUGGGAACGAUGGCUACGUCGAUGUCGAGAACUCAGCUUGGCCACUCCGGAUCCAACAAUCCUCUCGCGGGGCUUGAGCGCGAUGGUGAAGAAGGUAGUGGACAGGAAUCCUGAUAUGGGCUUCCGCACCAACCUCAUUCGAUCUACGCUACAGGUGGACACUCGGCCCUCAUACGAAUCCAUCGACACGUACUACAAGCACUUGAUGGCUGAGUGUGAGGCUUUGGCAGAAGUUCUGGCAGAUGUGGGCAAGAUCCUGAAGGCGAUGAGUGCUACGACGUUGAAGAGAGCUACGGUGGCAAAGGAUGGAUUGAUGGAACGAAUUCAGACAAUGGCUGCCCGGGUGUGUGGUGAAGGUGAAGGUGAUGAGUCUAUGAAAGGCCUACUGGACAGCGGGGCGAGCCACGCGAUGCGGACUGCCGACCAGGAGGAGUACGACCGAGGACUUCCCGUCAAGGUGACGUUGGCCGGUGAAGAGGAACGUGUACUACGGCAAAAUCAUCAAGGAACUGUCCUGGUUCCUGAAUCCUCUUCUACGUCUACGCAACCGAUAGUGCCAUUGGGAGCGCUGGUCCAGGACUUGGGUUGCACUCUGCAGUGGAAGAAGGGAAGCUUCAAACUUCGUCACCCGGAAAGGGGCUACGUGAAGGUCAACAUUGCAAACAACUGUCCUGAGGUGUCUAUCAAGGAAGCCAACCGCCUCAUUAAAGAACUGGAAACCUUCCAGCUGGCGCAGUUGAAUUCGCAGGUUGCCAACUUGACUGCUAAGCUCGAGGUGAUGCAGAAAGAAGAGACCAAGGCCUGGGAUGAGCUCCUCAAGGAGUACAUGGAAGGAGGAUGUCAAAGCGUUCUUCAAAGGGCCAUUAUGCUGUGUCCGUUUACAAAGGACCUUCCCUCAGACGUCCAAGCGAUGAUGGUCACGGACUUCGAGGUUGAUGCCGGGGCCAAGUAUCUCAAGGAACUACCUUUGAGAAGGAAGAAGAGAAGGGCAUUGCUGGCGUCGAAGGAUUGGGUUGUAUGUUUGUUUAUGGGACAAGGUCAAGAAGGAGAUUCCUUCGUCAAAACUAUGAGCAAAGGUGGCAAGGUGACCCUCAAUGUGGACCUCAAGGACUCCAAGCUGUGGGACCUCAACGGCAACUCCUCGGUGUAUAAGCUCUUGAUAUGGGCCGCUGCCAAUGGAAGGAUUGCUGACAUUAUUGGUUCCCCGCCGGAGACCACAUGGACUACAAGCACAACGGAACAAGAUGGUGAUUUCCUUUCUUUCUGGAAAACGGAGAUGUGGAAGUCCUUCAAGUCUGUUUCGGGCAUGGGCGUCGCCACCUUCUACCAAGGAGCUUUUGGCCACCAGUCAUUGAGACCUACUACGUUGGGAACUACAUACCCUUCGCUUGUGGAGCUGGAUGGUGAGUUUGACGCAAGGGAUGGAUGUGUACCUACAUCUCUACUUGGAAGAGCUACUAUGAGAAGGUGGUCUACUGAGUUCAAGGAGUUGGUCUCCCAUGCCAUUCUGGACUACGUUCCAGGAGGAGUUGCCAGUGAAGAGGAAAGUGCAGAAUGCGGAGCGAGGUUGAGUAAGUUGACCAAGGAUCAACGUGAAGCUUGGCGACAACAUCUACUACAAGAUCACCAGCCGUAUCGAGCCGACUGUUCGGUGUGCUUGAAUGCUCAGGCAACAGGCUAUCAACAUCGACGACGGAAGCAUCCCCAACUUUACUCGCUGGCACUUGACCUUGCAGGGCCAUACAAAUCAAUAUGCUCGUUUGUAGGGUUGGAUCCGCGGGGGCUGGAUCAGUGGGCUUGGCAAAAACCAAAGUUAUCAAAAUCAGAAGUCAACCUGAACAAAGACUUAUUGGAUACGUUACGACACGGUAGGUUUGUCCAGAAUUAA